GCUUCCGGCUUCCGGCUUCCGGCUUCCGGCUUGUGAUUUGUACGGGACGCCGCGGACGCCUCCGGCUAUUUGAACAGUUUAACCCACAACAUGGAUAUCAGACCAAAUCACACAAUUUAUAUCAACAAUAUGAAUGACAAAAUUAAAAAAGAGGAAUUGAAGAGAUCCCUGUAUGCCCUGUUUUCUCAGUUUGGCCACGUCGUAGAUAUUGUGGCUCUAAAGACCAUGAAGAUGAGGGGGCAAGCUUUUGUUAUAUUUAAGGAACUGGGCUCAUCCACAAAUGCCUUGAGACAGUUACAAGGAUUUCCAUUUUAUGGCAAACCGAUGCGAAUCCAGUAUGCAAAAACAGAUUCUGAUAUAAUAUCUAAAAUGCGUGGCACUUUUGCUGACAAAGAAAAGAAAAAAGAAAAGAAAAAAGCCAAAACUGUGGAACAGACUGCAACAACCAUGAACAAAAAACCUGGUCAGGGAACACCAAAUUCAGCUAAUACCCAAGGAAAUGCAGCACCAAAUCCUCAGGUCCCUGAUUACCCUCCAAACUAUAUUUUAUUCCUUAAUAAUUUACCAGAAGAGACUAAUGAGAUGAUGUUAUCCAUGCUGUUUAAUCAGUUCCCUGGUUUCAAGGAAGUACGUUUGGUACCUGGGAGGCAUGACAUUGCUUUUGUUGAAUUUGAAAACGAUGGACAGGCUGGAGCUGCCAGGGAUGCUUUACAGGGAUUUAAGAUCACACCAUCCCAUGCCAUGAAGAUCACCUAUGCCAAGAAAUAAGAUUUGGGAAAGCUGCCUUUAAAGGACUUGGUGUUAUGUAUAGUUUUCGUUUUGAUAACAUUUGAUCAGGCCAUUUUAAUAGUUGGGGGUAGGGGAAAGUGUAUGUGAAAUUUUUGUGAAGGAUUUAAAACAUUACCUAGUCUUUGUUUAGCCUUAGUGAACUAUGAUGUGAAGGCCUUAAUUUUGUACAAUAAACUUUUAUUUGUAUUCUGUAUAUAA